AUGACGUCUGCGGAAGCGUUUCUGCUCCCGUUCCAUUGGGAAGAUGUGGUUCUGGAUCCGGACCUCAGGAGCAAGCACCCCGCGAGAGGGCCGGUUGCUCCGCGCUACGCCGUUUCCGUGGACGCAUUCGACCUCUCCGACCCUGAUAUGGUACAGAGCGCUGUGGCGCUCGCCUCCGGUCACGUUUCCGACCAUGCUGCCAACGCGCUGCUCAUACCCGAAGACGUUGCGGAAAACGAAACCAUCCAAUGUUUGGACUCGCUUGCCGGUGUCGAUGGCGACCAGUCCCUGUCCUGGUGGCUCGCUCCUCUGAGCGACCGAGCAGCAGCGCAACUGCGCGCUCUUCUUUGGUGCAUUCAUCACUGGUGCGGACUGAAUGACUUCAGCAUCCGGGCACAGCUUUUUACUUGUGUUCAACACGGGAUCAAGCAAGCACUACACGUCAUGCGGAACGCAGCCCGCGCUGAGCUCAGUGCAGACCCCGCAAACCGAACCGGUACGGAUACCUGGCGCUCUAUUCUUCGCUUGGUGGCGUUCGUUAGCGCCCACUGGCUGCAGGCCGUGGAGCGUGAACUUGCUGAGGACGCUGUCGCCUUAAGUCUGCCGCUUGCCGGUACCUCUGGUGGCAGCAGGGUAACUCGUCUUGAGAGCAGCUCGGCGCGCACAGGCACCAAUCAAGGCGGCACACCGGCGCGCUGUCGGGCGAAGCGCCCCAACCUUCGCAAGAAGACGUCUCGUUUCAUCGUCGAGUCGGAUGCUUCCGAUGAGGAAUCGCCAGCAUACGCAGAAGACCAGGCAACGGUAUGCACCGGGGACUUGCCUGGAGAACGCGAGCAUGCUGGUCCAGAGAAUUCAUGGGCUGAGCUCUACGAGGGCGAGCGCGAGCGUCUCCUAGAGGCAUUCGGUGAGCUCCUGCGCCAAGAAGGCAUCAUCAAACUCGCCUUUCCCUCAGCAAUUCCCGAAGACGCAUACCUCUACCUGUUUGUGCGCACGUCCUGUGCCUUGCUCGAGUCGCGUCUGGUAUGUCGCAAGGAGCGAGCACGAGCGCUGCUCGUUGAUCUCAUCGUAGAGUGCCUCUCGCGCUACGGACAAGCUGGUCGAUUGUGUCCCAUUCUCGUUCACAGUUUGCAACGGUAUGAGCAUGUAGCCCCGGUUCUCGUCGAUAUCGUGGUGGUGCUGUGUCAAGAUGACGCUGACAGCGGCAACACGCAGCGCCGCAGCGGCUCUAAUACCAGGGACGCGCUCCAGGAAUCGUUGACUCGUGGCGAUGUACCAGCGCUCUCCGUCAGCCAAGCCGGACGCGAUGACUGCAUUCGAGACCUGAUGACGCAAGUGACCCAGAUUCCUAUUAGUGAACUCGCUCGUGACAAUACCUGUGCGCGUCAUGUUGCACGGUUUCUCACGGAGCUUGCAGAGCGCUCUCCUGGGACGCUGGUUCCCUAUUUUGCUGCAUGGAUUCCGCAUUUCGAUGGUGAGGCAUACUCCGUUCGUAACGCGCUUGUGCAAGCCUUUGGAUGUGUCCUGAAGCAUCUGGCAGAACACAGGAGCCCUGAGGCUGUACAGGCGCCUCACCAGGAGCCACACGACGAGUCCAUGACGCUCCAAGAGCGCCUGCUGCAGUUGCUCUUGCGACGCCUGGAUGACGUGCAUGCUUUGGCGCGCUCGCGGACGCUCCAGGUCUGGCAACAGCUCAUCGAGGCUCGUUGUGUACCCGUCAGCUUGUAUGCUACCCUGGCUGCUCAGGUCGCGCAGCGGCUGCAAGACAAGUCGAUGCACGUACGCCGUGCUGCCCUGCAACUUAUUGCCGUUGCCAUCCGGUUGAACCCGUUUGCUGAUCGUCUGCAGCCGGCAUUGUUUAUACAGCGCCAAGCUCAGUGCCUCCGUAUAGCGCCCGAUGACCCCGCCUCAACGUUCGAGAUGCCCUUCGCGUUAGCGCAAGAAGGUGCUUCUUUCUAUGCGGGCGCAGCUACUUUUGCGGAAAUUCUCAACAAAGCUAUCCCGCUGGUCAGCAGGCUGUGUCGUUCCCGUCAGAACGGUGACGUGCUCGAUGCCAUUCGUGUCUUGUGCACAGCUUACCAGUUCGAGGUGCCAGCUGCUGUGGCUGAGGCACCCAAGCAGACUUUACGUCUGGGUUUAUCCCGGGAGGAAAGCGUUCAGACAGCAGCGCUCGAUGCCUUUUACACCAUGUGCUUCGUUCUGCCGCUGGAACAGGUCUUGCGCUCGACAAAGCAGCAACAAGAUAUGGCACUCGCGACAGAAGCGCUGCAGACCAUGGGUGUCUUGGCCAUCACCAGAUCCCUGGUGUCGCUGGUCGCUCGGGCUACUGUUGGCGAACUGACCUGCUUCGAGCGACUCUUGCCAGCAUUGUAUCGCAGUGAGCGCCUCGCUCCUUCGGUCCUGCAGUGCUGGUGGGACGUGCUCGCCGGUCGAAUUCCCGGUGCGAACUUGGAACUCAUCCGUGGAUGCACCUUCCUCAUUCAGUGCGUCGUAUCCGCAAAGCCACUCACCAAGUCGCAAUGCGAGCUGCUGCGAGAGCACGCGUUUACUGAUCUGGUGACUGCCCGUUGGGCCUGCGCGGCACUUACCCACGGUCUAGCAGCCCAGUCGUUAGACUCCGAAGAUGGACUGCUUGUCGGCAAGGUCGAGGCGCUGCUCGUCGACGACACCAGGAGUGUGUACUGGCCAGCAGCCGCUCAGGCCGCUGUCACAUGCCUCUUCCAUUGCAGCCGGGAUCCUUCGCAGAGCGUUCAUCGGGUUCUGCAGCGCCUUGUGGAGCGGCACCAGGUUGCACAGCAACAGGCGAGAGGCUCGCAAGGCAGCACGGCUCAUGGCGACGUGCACCAAGACAAACCGCAGGUUCGUUGCGCCAGCUCUUGGCUAAGCCGCCUCUUCACCGUGGGCAGCGCUUUUGCUGUGCACCAACUGCACUUUGCCGUGAAGAGUGUACGCGCUUGUCUGCGCUCCGAGUCGUCGACGAACCCGGUCGAGACCUGUCUCGCCGAGGCAGUUGCGCAGCUGCAACUCGACGAUGCGUCAAAGCAGGUGGAGGCAACUUUGACGACACCGGCAACGGGCCAAGCGCGACGUGCUCGUCAGUCGCACUCGAAAGCGGCCGCGUCCGUUACGGAAGCUAGCGUCGCGCACGUUGGUAUCGAUCCCGAGCGCCUCCAGUACCUGGAAAGUCGUCUGGAUCAGCUGUGCAGCGUGCUGGAGACGGAGCUGACGGCACCGGAGGCACCUCUGGCGGCGCUGGCACCACUCGCUGCCCAUGUGCUGUUACGCGCUUGUGCUUGGACACCGCAGUCGCAGUCGCAGUCGCAGUCGCAGUCGCAGCCUGCUGCAUCUCUCGAGGACGACUCCAGCGUUACCGCAGCGCAGACGCCUGUGCAUGGCGCCCGAGUCCAGCCUCGGUCUAGCGCGGACAAUACACUCGGGGCUGCUGCCGCCCUGUGCCUGGGACGACUCGCCUGUCUCCACGAGUCCGUUGCCGAGCGCUUCCUGCGUGUGCUCUUCACCGCCCUGCAACAAGCAUCCAGCGCUGUAGUGCGCAUCAACAUUGUGGUCGCACUGGGUGACCUGGUUGCCCGCUUUCCCAACCGGCUCGAGCCGUGGACAGAUCAACUGUAUACGGUACUGCGCCAGGAUCAAGACGCUCGGGUGCGUCGCUAUAUGCUCAUGGUGCUGACGCACCUCAUUCUUAACGAAAUGAUCAAAAUUAAGGGACACUGGGUCGACCUGGUGCGCUGUCUGCAGGAUUCUGACGCUAGCGUCGCGCGACUCGCUCGAACACUUUUCACUGAAAUGCAGCGUAAGCGCGUCAGUGCAGCACAAACGUUCAUGCUGCUGCUUCCGGACCUGGUUUGCAGUCUGUCCCAGGAGGAGGAGGCGGAGGAGGAGGCGGCAACGCUGGUUAGCGGGCACGCACCGAGCCGGCUCACAAAACCGAAAGCUCUGCAACCGUCCAUAUCCACGGAAGCAUUCCUGGAUAUGAUGCAAUUCCUCUUAUCGUUUGUGCGCCAGGAGCGUCUGACAGAGCACCUGCUGGAACGUUUCUGUUACCGUCUGCGGGGUGCCGCCGAUGUGCAUACUGCACAACGUUUGGCGCUGUGCCUGCCGCUGUUGCACUGCACCAGCGAGCGUUGUCUCCGCCGUCUCGUGGAGCUCAGCAAGUGCUACACGCACUGGCUAGCAGACGGUGUCGUAGCGGAGGCUCUGUCCCAUGUGCUGGCUCGGGUGCAACGAGCCGCCAAGCGCCCAGAGCAACGCGAACUCGUCCAAGCGUUCGCACAGUGCCUCGCACGCGGCGCACAUGUUGAUCAGGGCGUUGGUUGUCACGGGAUCAGCACUGGCGACAAUGACGACGAUGAUGACAAGGGUGGCACAGCAGCAGCAGCAGCAGCAGCAGCAGCAGCAGCGACGAUGACGACACCCGCACGCGUGCCCCAGCACCUCAGCAACAGCAACAGCAGUAGGUUGUCGAUGCUCAGGUCUCCAGACGCGGACUCGCCCGUACUCUGGACACCAGGAGCACCUACAGCAACGACAAGGGCAAUAUCAGCGUCUACAUCGACUCCGAAAAACGCGGCUGGUGUGCCUGGGAGCGCUGCACUGUGCACACCAGGCAGCGGCUGGCGAACACCGGCAAGUGCGCGGCAACUUGCACGAGCGCGUGCUCGCACUGCAAUGCAGCAACUACUCCAAGAGCACCUUCAUCACCGUCAUAAUCAUAACCAUCGUAGUCAUUCUCGUAAGCAACAACAGAACAGCACCAAGCUGGAGCGUUCGCCCUCGUUUGAUCAAGUGACGCCUGAGCGAGGUCGCUCGACAAGUCGUCGUCGUCGUCGUCGUCGUUGUGCGGGCAGCCCAGGGGCCUCGAUACGUUCGCCCUAG